GACGUCAUCUCCGGCUCAGCCCUCCUCGAGCUUCUUUGUUCGAGAAGCUGCAUAAAACCCGCUCCUCGUUCAACAGCAGCGCCGGGUCCACAGAGGAAACCGCACUUUAAUACAGCUUCAUCACUACAUCGGAGUCGUUUUUCCGUCGUGUAAACUCGCCAACAUGGAUGUGAAAGACAACCGCAACAACAACAAUAAAGGGAAGAAGGCGAACCCCGGCGGCCCCAAAAUGGAGAAUGAGAGCAAAUAUCUGCCCGAGCUGCUGGCGGAGAAGGACAGCCUGGACUCGUCCUUUACUCACGCCAUGAAACUCCUCACUGCAGAGAUUGAAAGGAUUCAGAAAGGAGAGCCUAAAAAAGAUGAAGAAACUUACCUGGACCUGUUCACCACCAAAAAUGUCCGGGUGACGGAGCGUGUGCUUAUUCCUGUAAAGCAGUACCCUCGGUUUAAUUUUGUGGGGAAGAUUCUUGGACCCCAGGGCAGCACCAUCAAACGGCUGCAGGAGGACACUGGAGCCAAAAUCUCAGUGCUGGGGAAGGGCUCCAUGAGGGACAAGAACAAGGAGGAGGAGCUGAGGAAGGGAGGUGAGCCCAAAUACGCUCAUCUGGCUAUGGAGCUGCAUGUGUACAUUGAAGUGUUUGCUCCAAUCCCUGAGUGCUACCUGCGUAUGGCUCAUGCUAUGGAUGAAGUCAAGAAGUUCCUUAUGCCUGUGGAAAACAUGGAUGAGAUGCACCCAGACCCAUUCAUGGAUGUUGGCUAUCUGAACGGAUCUCAGGAUGUCCCUGGUCGUGGAAGAGGUGGUCUCGUCAGGGGCCGUGGAGGCCCACCACCUCCUUUGGGUGGAGUCAGGGGUCGUGGUAUGCCCCCACGAGGUGGAGCACCCCGUGGUGGGGCCCCUCGAGGAGGUCCAGGCCGAGGAGCUUCAGCAAGAGGGGCACCUGUGGGCCGUGGUGGCCCCCUUCCAUCUUCCUCUAACCGUGGUGGAGCUGCCGGGCGAUCCAGGCCUCCUUCUGCCGCUCAGAGGAUGGCCCCUGCCCCUGCAAUGUCCCACCAGCAACACCAGCCACAUCACCAACAGCCACCAGAAUCAUACGAGGAAUAUGCUUAUGAUGAGAGCUAUGCUGAACCUGCUUACGAAGGGUACGAUAACUACUACAGCCAGUCAGCUCCACAGGCCGAUACAGAGUACUACGACUACGGUCACGGUGAAGCUCCCGAUACCUAUGAAUCUUAUGCUGACGAUAACUGGGAUGGUGCUGCUUGGGGUGGAAACGGGGGAAAAGCUGCUUCUUCAAGGCAGAACAAAGGAACAUAUCGGGAACAUCCAUAUGGAAGAUUCUGAGACGUCUCAAUCACUUGGGUUGCCUGGGCAACCACCUCCCAUUGUAACUCCUUUUAACAACUCAAAGUAAUUUUAGAUUUAUUUUUCGGUGUUUUUGUUUGUUUGUUUUUUUUCUUUUUCUUUUUUUUUUAUUUGCCACUGACUGCUUUUUUUUUAAUGCUUAAAAAAACUUGUUUGGACAACCUUUUGUAGUUACAGUAAGGAUUAUGCUUAUUUAGGCAUUCUGUUGACUUCUGUUUAUUCCUAUUUGCAUUGUUGUCUUGCGCGUUGAUAUUUUUGCUUAUGAUUUGAACAGCUAAUUAUUUCUGGUUAGUAUUUAGGCCUAUGUCUCUUAAGUAGUGUUCUUCUGCAGGUCCUAUGAAUAGCCUGAUUUUGUCUCAAAAACUUAACACAUGUCAAUCGUUAUACACUUAGUUUAUAUAAAAGCGCUUUUGAGCAUCCCAAAUACAAAAACUUAAAUGGCCUUUUCACCCAAAGGCUUCAAAAUGAAUGGGGGAAAGUAUUUAAAAUUUGUACAAAAGUUGGACACAUGUACGAACCAACACUAAUAGUUUGACAAUGGUUAGCAGAAACAAAAUGCUCAUUAAUUUCAGGCAAUUUUGUCUUAUUUUGUAUGAAGGAUGGAGCAAACAUUUGUCUCUCCCAGCAAGAAAAAUAUGGCCAGCCUAAUAUGAUGUAUAUAAGUUACCUGGACUUAUAUACUCCACUUACUUAAACUCAAAUUCUCUACUUUGCUGUUUAUAGCUUUGCGUUUCACAAAAUAAGUAUACUUGUGUUCGUUGCCUAAAUAGGAAACUAAAUCUGUUUUUCUGUAGUAUGUCAAUAAAGCGCAAUCUUCUUUUCCAGCUAACAAAA